UGAAAGUCAUUACAUUAGUAAAUCCUGGACCAUGUGCAUUUGUUAUGCUAAAGUACUUUGUUAAACAGUUAUAUUUCAAACGUGUAAAACUUUCAACUACAAGUAGGAACACCAUAGUCAACUACCAGUAGUCUGACAUAUUUAUUCAGCUGUUGCAUCUAAAUCCAAAGAAGACGUUUUAUAUUCUGCAAUGCAAAUGCAAGUUAAUCCGCUAGAACUGAACAUCUACGAAAUUACAAGAUUACACAUAAUUAUAGAUCCAUAUUGAAUAAAAACUAUACGAAACCGCAUGGCGCAUUGAGGAAUAUGCACGACUCUGUGUUAUCACUUUAUUAAAAAGGAAUGUUCUUGAUUACACUGGUAGCUUUAUAAUUUUUUUUAUUAUUAUUUCAUUUUGUUUUCUCCUCCUGGUGUCAUAAACUAAGUUAUACAGGAAGUGUCUGAAAACCACGACUUUCUCGGCUAAACCAGGACGCCGGGUCAUCCUUCCUCUAUGCAAAUGAUCUGUCUUUCUUUUUUUUCUCAACAAAGUUCAUUAAAUUGGCGCCGCUAGAAAGUUCCUUUAAUGUGUAUAUAAUAUAAACAACAAACACAACAUAAAACCACGAAGAAGAAAAAACAUGCAUAUCUGCUCCUAUUACUAAAUUUUGAUCGAAAUAAAUAACGAGCUUUAUUUAAGGUUUCUGACUAAAAUGUGUUUAUAAGUUAUGUUUGUUUUAUAGGCUCUAAGAGGACCUGGUCUAAACGCGCGAAAUACUUUCUUGUGUGUCCCCCCUCUUUCGGGGGAGGGGAUCGGUUCGUGCUCUGAAAAGUUUUGCAGGUUUCCCUCAUAAUCACAGAAACUGGAGGAGUUCAGAGAAGGACCACUCGGGAAGUACACUUUUAAAAGACACGUAAUCAAGUCACUAUGGGCCCUUGUCGCACUACGCGGGCAUCGCUUCCUGUAAAAAUGAAUUUGAGAAGCUUCCGAAAUGUUCCUCUGGUCCCCAUGGAAACAUCCUCCUCUGAUGACAGCUGCGACAGUUUUGGUUCAGAUAACUUUUCAAACACGAAGAAAAACUUCAAAUCAGAGAUGUUCACAGAAGAACUGGCUAAGAUUUUUGAUGAAGACUCGGAUGACCAGUCUUUCUGUGGCUUCCAGUGCACUGAGCUUCAAGAUGAAAUGGGCGCAAUGAAAGUGGAAUCUGAAGAUGAGUCAUUUCAACCAAGAAGGCAGAGGAGGUCAUCCCCAUUAAAAGUAGCCCUGAAAUUCCCAGUAAGGAAAGGGAACACUAGGAAGAGGACUCCUGCAAAGCCACUGUCUCCACAACAAAAGGAAUCGGAGUCCGAUUCGGAUUCUGAUGAUGAAAAAAGCCCAAACUUUAUAGAGAAGAGAGCCAUUAAUAUCAAAGAGAACAAAGCUAUGCUUGCAAAACUUAUGGCUGAACUGAAGAAUAUGCCAGGAUUUUAUAAUGGAAGAAUGUCUCUGCCUUCAACUCCCUCUCCCAGGAGACCCAAUCGGCGCUCUCUGGGAACAGGCCCUUGGAGGAGGAACCCUGAGCGCAGUGCCCGACCCCAUACCCGCUCGCGCUCCCUGAUUGACGGGCCCCCCACGCCUUCACCAGAGGAGGAUAGCGACAAAGACAAGUAUAGCUUGGUGAGGAAGAGGAGGACGAUGGAUGAUGACUAUCAGGGUGAGCCACGCAGGAGAAGCUAUACAGGUGCUAUGACCACCCCUCACGUAGUGCGCCCAGUGGAAGAGAUUACAGAGAUGGAACUUGACAAUAUCUGCUUUAAUGUCAGAGAAAAAAUUUAUAAUCGAGCAACAGGGUCCACUUGCCACCAGUGCCGUCAAAAAACCACCGACACAAAAACAAGCUGCCGCAAUCCUGAGUGUGUGGGAGUGAGAGGACAGUUCUGUGGCCCGUGCCUCCGGAACCGCUAUGGAGAAGAGGUGCGAAAUGCCUUGCUGGAUCCUAACUGGCACUGCCCCCCUUGCCAAGGAAUCUGUAACUGCAGCUUCUGCCGACAGCGAGAAGGGCGCUGUGCUACUGGUGUGCUGGUCUACUUGGCAAAAUACCAUGGAUUUGACAAUGUUCAUGCUUACUUGAAAAGUCUUAAAAAAGAACUUGCAAAUGAAGUGGAUGAAAAUUAAAACAUCUUGUCUUGAAAAAGAUGUUAAAUGUUAAUAAUUCAAUCGUUUUAUAUUGGAUUUUGCUGUUUCUCUUAACAGAUUUUUCAAGUGUCUAUUUUUGCCACUUGUGUAACUUACCUAUAUGGUGCUUAAAAUGCAAGAAACACUUUGUGCCUUUUUGUGACCAAAAUUGGUUAACAUUGCUCCAUUCCUGUCUUUAAUUCCAAUGAAUAUGUUAUUGUUGGCAGGAUGUCUGUCUCUGUGUUCCUAUUUGAAUAUUGCACAGGUUUUAUUUCCAGCACUUAGGUUCUGUGUUCAUGUUGAGACAUGGUGCCAUUUUGUUGAAUAUUUUAGCAAGUUGUAUGUAGUAGAGUCAUUGAUUUUGCCUUCAUUUACUGCUUUACCCCAAUCUGUGUGUGUCUACUAGGCUGUAAAAUUGACAUUCAGAGCCACCAUUCCCGCUGCAGCAAGUGCAUCCAGAGUCAUGAACGACUGUUUACUCUGCACUCCAGGAGGGUUCUCCUACUGAACAGGGGUAAAGCUGUGCAGGAAAAGCAAAGAUUCUGCUUUCCAUCAACCUAUGUAAAGAAAUGCUGAUAACAU